CAUGUACAUCCGGGUCGUAGCUAAACUUGUGCUUUUCUACGAUGUGCUGUGCCUAUCGGUGGACAUUAUAGUGUGAAAUUAGGUGUAAAGGCGAGGGUUAGGUAUUAUACAUCAGACUCCACUUAUUUAAUCAGUGGAUGAAAACCGGUCGUUAACUAACAUUAUCAUAACUAGCCAGAGUGGGUGCAACCAGUUAGGUGUUAGCAAACUACGAGCUAGUAAACGUGAUUGAUUUUUAAGCUCCCACCAGCCAGAUAAGCUAGCCAACAAACAGUUUACAAAUGGAGGCUAACGUAUAUGUAGUUACCGUUUAGCCCACUGCUUGCCACACAGACUCAGGACAUCUGGAUAAAAGCUAACCUGGCUACGCUACUUAUUAGUUAGGCUAGCCAUCCGCUAGGGAGCUAGCUAGCAAACUAAUUUAACUCACUGCUGCUCUUUGGGAAAAAAUGAGCGCAGAAGAAGAUGGGACUCGGUGCCCCGUCUCUACAGUCCAUGGAAACGAAGAUGAAUGUAGAGAUGACAACAGACAGCAGGACACAAUGAUAUGUUUGGGCAACGAGAUCAAGAGUCGGGCGGUGGUGAAAUACUCUGCUGCCCCACCGCCCGCUACCUACGCCCUUCUGCAGGAGAAGACGGACCUGAAGUUGCCACCUGCCAACUGGCUUCGAGAGAGCGCCCAGCUGGGGGCGGCUGGCACAACUGUCCUGGGCUCCAGUAGCAAGAACAAACCCUUUUCCAGUUUUGGAAUGGCAUAUGAUUUCAUUGACUCCAUAGGCAAUGAUGUGGAUGUUGUAUCUGACUCAGAGAACAUAAAGAAACUUCUGAAGAUCCCGUAUAGCAAAUCUCAUGUCAGCAUGGCUGUUCAUCGUGUGGGGCGAACUCUCCUGCUGGAUGAGCUGGACAUCCAGGAGCUCUUCAUGAGGUCAUCCCAGACAGGAGACUGGACGUGGUUAAAGGAAUUUUAUCAAAGGCUCGUUGAUCAAAAAUGGCAGAGGAAGAAGAAGAGCAAAGAGCACUGGUACCAGAAGGCCAUUCUGUCCAAGUUCUUGUAUUACAGCAUUAACGGCGACGGGUCAGUGGAGCCCGUCCCAUCGGACUCGGGCAACACCGACGAGGGAGAGGAGGAGUGCAGGGAUGAAGAGUUUGGCCCCUCGUGGCCUGCCACCUUCACCAGCUCACCGUCCGAGUCGGACACCCCGAAAGAGGACGGCGUCUCCGUGGAACACAAGUACGCCCUGGGGCACGUGGCAUCGGUUCCCAAAGAACAGAACCUCCCCACGCUCUUUAAUGAAGGGGAGAACAGUCAGGGCCUGAGGAACGACUUUGUGCGGAACAUCCUGUGGACGUUCGAGGACAUUCACAUGCUGGUGGGGUCCAACAUGCCCAUCUUCGGCGGCGGCCGCUACCCCGCGGUCAGUCUCCGCCUCAGGGAUAACAAUAAGCCUAUUAACAUUCUGACGGGUAUCGAUUACUGGCUGGACAACCUGAUGUGCAACGUGCCUGAGCUUGUCAUGUGUUUUCAUGUCAACGGCAUUGUGCAGAAAUACGAGAUGAUCAAAACAGAAGACAUCCCGGACCUGGAGAACUCCACAUUCUCCACCAAGGUGGUAAAGGACAUCGCUCAGAACAUUCUGUCCUUCCUCAAGUCCAACUGCACCAGAGAAGGACACACCUACUGGCUCUUCAAAGCCAGUGGAAGCGACAUCGUGAAGCUGUAUGACCUCACCACUCUGUGCGAGGAGGCCACAGAAGAGAAAUGCCAGAACCCUUUCACCCUUCCUGUCGCUGUGCUGCUCUACAAAGUGGCCAGCAACAUGAUGAUGAAGAAGAGCCAGAACAGGAAGCAUUACGGCACCAUCAGGACUCUGCUGCUGAACUGUGUGAAGCUGCUGGAUCAGGAGAGGCACCCUCAGAUCAUUGCCUCUGCGAAUUACAUGCUGUCGGAGCUGUUCCAGCUGGACGAGAGGCCAGACGAGGACGGGAGCGGCUCGCUCCGCGCCGGCGGCUCCGAGGACAGCUACAGCGAGGAGGAGGAAGACGAGGACGAAGAGCUGCCGGUGGACAGCGACGAGAACGGCUCGUACAGCACGGGCUCCGACCCGCCGGGCGACAGCAAAGCCGUGGCCGUCAUCAAGUCUGUGGGGGAGCUGUCCGUCCCAGAGAAGUACAAGUCCACACACCAGAUCAGACCCAACUACACUUUCCCGGUCUCCCACGAUACGGAGGAGCGCUGUCGCCACGUGCUGAGCUACGUCUUAAAGGGCCUGAAAGCGGUGGACAGCAGCAUUAAGAAGGAGAGCGACCUGCCGGCGGCCGACCCCAACACCCCCAUCCCCCUCAAGUACGAGGAGGGGAGCCCCAGCGCGGGCCCCAGCGCAGUGGAGGAGAUCGCACCCCUCCUGGACAGAGUCGGACCCUGUCACGAGGACUUGAAGCACCCAACGCGCUCGGGCAUGAUCCCGGGCUCCUGGCAGUACAGGAUGAAGCUGCAGCUGGUCCUCAAGGCCUCCAAAGCCUACUACGUGCUGUCGGACGCCGCGACCAACCUGCUGAAGUACGGCCGGGCCCUGCGCUACAUAAAACUGGCCCUGCAAUGCCACGACGCGUACUGCUCUGUGUGCAGCAGCCUGCACCCCGAGGUGCUGCUCUUCCACAGCCAGUGCCUGUCCCUCUGCGGGGACAUCCAGCUCAUGCUGGCCCAGAACGCCAGCAACCGGGCUGCCUACCUGGAGGAGUACAGCUACCAGACCAAGGAGGACCAGGAGAUCCUGCACAGCCUGCACCGUGAAUGCAGCUGCCAGGCCUUUAACCUGGUCACUGACCUGUCCAUGGAUGCGGAGUACCAGCUGUUCGUGAGCUCCAAGUGCUACGAGGCGGGGCACGAGCUGCUGACCUCGGGCGACCUGAAGGACCACAGCGCCGACCAGCUGGCUCAGCUGCUCAAGAGGCUGGGAAACAUCCGGAACGAGAUGGGCGUGUUCUACAUGAACCAGGCCGCCGCCCUGCAGACCGAGAAGGAAGAGAAGAAGACGGUGUCGGUGGCCGAGCAGGAGAUGUGGAAGAAGAGCUUCUCGUGCUUUGAGAAGGGCGUGAGGGACUUUGAGGCGAUCGGGGACGGGGCCAACACGGCGCUGCUCCUGUGCAACACGGGCAGGCUGAUGCGCAUCUGCGCGCAGGGCCACUGCGCAGUCUCCGCCGACCUCAGCAGGGGCGAGUUCUCCCCAGAGGAGGCGCUCUACUACAACAAGGCGAUCGAAUACUACCUGAAGGCCGUGAAGUCCCUGGGGAGCAGAGAGAGCCACCCUGCCGUGUGGGACUCAGUGAACUGGGAGCUCUCCACCACCUACUUCACCCUGGCCACCCUGCAGCAGGACUACGCCCCUCUCUCCAGGAAGGCCCAGGAACAGAUUGAAAGGGAGGUGACAGAGGCCAUGAUGAAAUCGCUCAAGUACUGUGACCUGCAGACGGAAUCGGCCCGCCAGCCCCUGUACCAGUACAGAGCGGCCACCAUACACCACCGCCUGGCCUCCAUGUACCACAGCUGCUUCCGAAAUCAGGUAGGAGAUGAGCACCUGAGGAAGCAGCACCGCAGCCUGGCUGAGCUGCAUUACUGCAAGGCCGUGCGCCUCUUCCUCAGCCUGAAGGACGCGCCCUGUGAGCUGCUGCGCACUCAGCUGGAGAGGGUGGCCUUCGCCGAGUUCCAGAUGUCAGGGCAGAACAGCAGCGCGGCCAAGCUGAAGACCCUGUCCGGAGCCCUGGAGAUCAUGACCGAGACGCGCCACGCCUUCCGGCUCAUCCACACAGAGCUGCUCGCGGACCAGGCAGAGGUACGCAACAGCGCCGGCGCCGCGGAGACCUCGACCGUGUCGGACGGCUCCGCCUCCUCCGGCCUCAGCACGCAGGAAGUGCUGAAGCUGGUCGGGGUGUUUGAGCCCAGCAUCUCCUUCCUGCUGCUCCACCUGGUCAAGCUGCUCUCCACCGGCAAACGCAAACCCAGUGUGAAGGAGGAAGAGGCAGUGAAGCUGUACAAGCAGGUCUACUCCAAGCUGCUGCGCGCUGACAAGGCCGCCCCUCUCCUCCAGCGGGUGGCGCUGUGCUUGGAGCUGCUGGAUCAGCUGGCGCCCCAGGUAGAAAGCUCGGACAGUAGAGCGUCGCCAUGACAACACCUGCUUCAGGUCUCACUCACCAGACAGGUUGACAUACAUGACACACACACAAAGGCGCAGUGGAUGGCACUGUUGCCUCGCUAGAAGGAGGUUCCGGGUUAAAGUCCCAGCCGGCCUGGAUCCUUCCUGUGUGGAGUUUGCACGCUCUCCCCAUGCUCGCGUGAAUUUCCUCCUGGUACUCCGGUUUCCUCCCACAAUUUAAAGACGUGUAGCUUAGGGACUGUGCAGGACGUGAUAGAGAAAUUAGAGUCUCUCGGUUAAGUAAAGGUGUACUGUAAACGUGCGUAUACGCACACAAACGUGCAUACACCCAUAUGGACAUGAAAACAUGCACAAGCACACACAUGCAUGCAUGCUCUUGAACACACAUGCCUACAAGCUCAAAAGAAUGUGAAUAUUAAAAAAAAAUGUUAUUCUGCCAGCUGUGCCUUGCCAACUGUGGCUGUCCGUCAUUUUAGGACAACUUUCUUAGUGUUACACCUUCUAUACUUUUUUAAAACUUCUUAUAUGAUUGUCCUUUCCCAGUCCACAUUUUUAUAAAUGGACAGGUGAGCGUGCAAACCACCCUUGAGUGUUUUCCUAAGUGGAGUAAUUAAUGAACUGCAUUGAAUGUGUUCUGACUACACUGAUGAAUUACUAUAUUUGUUAAUAAUAAGGACUUGCAAUGCAAGAUAUUUGUGUUACCCUCACAGCUACUGUUUAUGAAAAACAAGGUUUGAAAAUUUAAGCAUAAUGUUUAAAAAUGUGGAAAUAAUCUUUGUAUGAUGACAUAAUUGUGCAAUACACAGACAACGUUCGGUGGAACUUGUUUGAAGGGAUAGUUUGCCCAGGCGUUACUAUCAUGGGGUUUGAGUGUGACUUGCUUUGGCUCUUUGACUUAAAAUAAAGGCUUUAAUGCUG